UGGAUUUUCAAAAGCUUCCUAAAGGAGACCUAAAACUAUCUUUUCUCUAAGAAGCAUGUCUGCAACUAUUUAGAAAUGGAGUUAAUCUAAAAGUUACAGCUCAAACUUGACCUUUUUGACUAAGAUUGCAGGUCUGGGAUGUAACAACUGAGUUCAGAUAGGAGGCAGUCAGGUUACUGGCAUUCAAAUAUAAGUGUAGUUUGUUAGGAUUUCUCCAUCAGGAACCACGUUCUAGGUUGAGAUGAGAGUAGUUAUUUGUUCCAUGAAUCAAACCAAGUUGUGUUUACUUCAAAUAAAACCACAUCUCUUGAUAGUUCUUGUCUAAUGCUUUUGGAGUUUUAUUUGGUUGUUGUCUACCCUAAACUUCAUUUUAUUUGAAAUUUUCUCUAGUCUUUUAGUUAUUUUAUGCAUUCUAGCAACUUUGAAUUUCUCAUCCAUGAGAAAUUUGCUUCAUGUAAUUCUGGAUUUUUAUCAUACCUUCACCUUGUGUUAACAUAAUCAGGGUGGGCUGCCCAUGUAUGUAGCCAGUCAUGGUUUAUACAACUGAAAGCCUCCAACAGUGUUUGUACCACCAUCAAUCAAAGAAGAUGUUGAGAAGCUGUUUGAAAUUAAUAGGGCAAUGGGCCAAGUGGAACUAAACCUUGAUUUGGUAGCACUAGAUGUUGGUGUGUAGCUUUGGUUAGAAAGUUCUGUAACUCUUUGACAUUUAUAAUCUUUAUAAUGAAUAUUGCCAACUUGACUUCAGGUGAAACAUAUGAAUUGUGGAAUGACAUUGUUGUGAGACCUUUUAGAACUCACCAUGUUAUACCAAGCCAGGUAUCUUUAACUUUUAAUUCUGUGAAUUGUGCAGAAAAUAUAGAAAAAGUAUAUAUAUUAUUUAUUUGUGAAUGUUCAAAUCUCUGAAUUAGAUAAAUAAAUUGGAAACCCAUUCUUGAGAGAUAAAAUUGUGAUCCACCCAUAAAUAAGUUUUACCUUUGAUAUCUUCUGCACACUGCAAGCUAGAGUGUCGGCAAAGGUGGUCCCUCUAAUGGAAGGUUUCAAAUCAAUGUAUUCUUAAUUAUCUUCUAUUAGCCGAUAUAGCAUAUCUGAGGGCAAUCUAGAAUUUCGGCGAAAGUGAUUCUUGGUCUUUCUAGAAAGUUCACCGGUUCUAAAUUCUCGAGGAAUGCACUCACAAGAUCUUGCCAAUUUGGCCCAAGUUGAGAACAGCAGUAAAUUUCAGGUUUGGAU